ACAUAUUUAUAUAUCAUUGUCAUUCUGUAUCCAAAGUAAUCCACAAUAUAAAGUAGGGCAGACUGAAAGUAAAGUCACUGCUGUUGCUGCCAGGUGUAAUAUGAAAAUAAUUAUUUCAUAUUUAGAUUAUUGUUUCUACAAAAAGAGCUUUUUAUUAUUUGAAGGAUUGUCGUGCGUGGUUGAUGCGAGCGUGAAGCACUUAAUGGGAGUUGUAAUGCAGGGGGAAGGUGUGGAUGGAACAUGAGACACACAUUCCAUUUAACCCUAAAACUUGAAAGCGAGCGCUUUACCCGUUGACGGGGUGUCAACGUUAAGUCAACCAUGAACGCUCAGUAUUUGCGGAAGCAGUGAAGCACGAAACGUCAGUUGUUACCCCCGGGGUGAAUUAUAUUCGUUAAAUAUUCGAAGCAAUGAGGUCGUGCAGGUUAGUUAUCGUGGUUUGUGUUUUGUUUGGAUUUGCUUCAGCGCAGCCCAGGUGUCCACAGAGAUGCACUUGCGAUUAUUACGCAACAAUCCACACGAUCAACUGCGAUUCACAGGACAUGCGCCAACUUCCCCACGACAUUCCCGAUUGGACGACGCACGUUAGCUUCGACGGGAACUUUCUCACCACAUUACGCCUCAUCGGGUUCAACACCUCCGUUUAUUUCGAAGAAUUUAAAUUCCGUUACAACGCGAUAACCAAGCUGGAAAUAUCAGAUGAAAAUCUCGUCAGCAAGGAAGGAAGAAAAGGGGGGUGUAACGACGUGGUGACAAUCUUUCCACGAUUAAAAAGUGUCAACCUACGUGGCAACAAAAUACACAACCUCCCUAAAUGUUUAUUGUUCGCUUGGCCCAUGUUGAAAAUAUUAAUCUUGGAUCAAAAUCGAAUCACGAGGAUAUCGGAGCUCAACCUAGCGAGCCAUCUUUCCCACGAGUCGAGUCUACAAGAGCUGUCAAUCAUGCGGAACCAAAUUCAUCGAAUCACGAGCGACCUUCAAACGCCUGCCACCAGUUUACGAGGGUUAUUGUAUUUAAACCUCGGGGAAAAUAUCAUCUCAAAGAUUCAAACCGGGGUUUUUAUGUUUUUACCCAAGCUUCGUGUCGUCAAACUGAACGACAACCGACUAAGAAUAAUCCCUUCGUAUGCGUUUGUUACAACUGGUCAGAUGGUGAGGGAAAUCUAUUUACAACGAAACAGAAUCGAGGUUAUAUUCAUCCUCGCUUUCGCCGGCCAACCACGGUUGCAAACCAUCGACCUCCGCACCAACAUGAUUGUUUGCCUCAACAUAAUGUUCACCUCGUGUGUUCAACCUGAUGUGCGUGGAACCAGGUUUGAACGGAGGAUGCGACAAAGUUUAACCUCACGUGGGGGGUUUGGGGUCGAAUAUUCCUCGCUGCGUGGGGUGAGGGUGGGGGGGAACCCCUGGUCAUGUAACUGCACCUUGAAACCACUCAUGCAAAACACAUCGACCAAUCAGCUGGUACGAUCAUCCAUGACGAGCGAAACAUGUCAUAAUCCUCCAACAAUGAGACAAUAUGAUGUCAUAACAGCAAUUGAACAAUUACAUUGUGACUUAACAUAAUUUAAACUUUGUACACGCAGCGUAUGAAUAUCGAUUGAAUAUAAUUCUUCCCCCCAGGCAACAAACCAAAAUAAUGUCGGUGGUUUAACGACGGUAAAGUCACAAAUUGUUUCAAUAUUUUGGUGACUUAUUAUUAUUAUGACAUCAUAAAAAAUCUUUUACUUUAUGAUGUCAUAAUAAACUGUUGUCUUUCAUCAAAGGAAUAUCCUACUAUGAUGUCACAAAGCUUUCUGUGACAUCACAACAUUCCUCAUAAUGAGCUGUCAAUCAAAUGUGCAACCAAGCGUAACUAACCAAACAUAGAGAUAUCAUAUCACUGUGGGUACGAACGCAGCUGGCUAUUGUUGACUAUUAUGACAUCACAACCACCAUGUUACCAUGUUAAUAAUUACUAUGACAUCACAAUACUUACAAUAUAAUAAUGUGACACUUU